GUCUUGUCGAGCGCCGAUUGACACGGUUUGUUCGAUACAAUGGCCGCCGCUAUCCCCCCUAUCACCGGCAUGCUCCGCCGUGGUCUCGUCCUGGACCUGAGCACCGCCUUUGGUUUCGGUACCACCUUCGGCUACCUCUGGUGGUACGGCUACCACCUUCCCCGUGUCCGUGAGCGCGACACCUACUACACCCGUCUCGAGCAGGAGCGCGCUGCCCAGCGCGCAUAAAUCGGUCAACUU